AGACAAAAUGCCCUAAUCGCCUGCAAACUCCCGUUCCAAUCCUUGCUACUUUAUUUUCUUUAUUUAUGAAUACUUCUGCUGAUUGAUCGUUUGAUUUGAUUCAUCUUAGUCUUUGUUCUUGUUAGAUCCAAGAUUUUGUACAUAUACGGCAUCGGUCAACCAUGGAUCCAAUGGACAUUGUGGGGAAGACAAAAGAAGAUGCUUCACUUCCCAAAGCUACCAUGACUAAGAUCAUCAAGGAGAUGCUGCCACCUGAUGUUCGUGUAGCAAGAGAUGCUCAAGAUCUUCUAAUUGAAUGUUGUGUAGAGUUUAUAAAUCUCAUAUCAUCCGAGUCCAAUGAUGUCUGCAAUAGAGGAGAUAAAAAAACAAUUGCACCAGAGCAUGUACUCAAGGCUUUAGAGGUUCUUGGUUUUGGGGAAUACAUUGAAGAGGUUUAUACUGCUUAUGAACAACAUAAGCUUGAGACAAUGCAAGAUUCAGUCAAAAGUGGAAAAUGGAACAAUGUUGCAGAUAUGACAGAAGAACAAGCAUUGGCCGAGCAACAGAGAAUGUUUGCAGAGGCACGAGCAAGAAUGAACAGCGGUGUGGCGAUCCCCCCAAAACAAGCCCUAGAACCCGAGGCUCUUGCUCCCGCUCCAGCUCCUGCUGAGGUCCCGGAGAUAUCCAAAACAAACGAAACCUCGGUUUAGUAUCUUUCAACUAUUAGGGUGUGAUAAGAUGUAGGAUAGGAUCUUGUAGCUUAAUCAAUCUGACAUAUUUAUUCUUCCUUUUCUCUUUGUAUGUAUCCCAUUUACAAAGUCUAAAUGAAAGAGUUCCGUGUCAUUAUUAUU